AUGUGUGAACCUGCUCCUCCAACACACUCAGCCUGGCACUCUUUUCUAGAAUGUCCUGCCCUGCUGCUUCUGCUAUCUUUGCUGCUGCUUCCCCUGGGCCUCCCAGUCCUGGGCGCCCCCCCUCGCCUCAUCUGUGACAGCCGAGUCCUGGAGAGGUACAUUCUGGAGGCCAGGGAGGCCGAAAAUGUCACGAUGGGCUGUGCUGAAGGCUGCAGCUUCAGUGAGAAUAUCACUGUCCCAGACACCAAGGUCAACUUCUACACCUGGAAGAGGAUGGACGUCGGGCAGCAGGCUGUGGAAGUCUGGCAGGGCCUCGCCCUGCUCUCAGAAGCCAUCCUGCGGGGCCAGGCCUUGCUGGCCAACUCCUCCCAGCCAUCUGAGACCCUGCAGCUGCAUGUGGAUAAAGCCGUCAGCAGCCUGCGCAGCCUCACCUCCCUGCUUCGGGCACUGGGAGCCCAGAAGGAAGCCACCUCCCUUCCAGAGGCAACCUCUGCUGCUCCACUCCGAACAUUCACUGUCGAUACUUUGUGCAAACUUUUCCGAAUCUACUCCAACUUCCUGCGAGGAAAGCUGACGCUGUACACAGGGGAGGCCUGCCGAAGAGGAGACAGGUGACCAGGUGCUCCCACCCCGGGCAUGUCCACCACCUCACUUACCACCACUGCCUGUGCCACGCCCUCUGCACCACCACUCCUGACCCCUGUCGGGGGUGAUCAGCUCAGCACCAGCCAGUCCCACGGACACUCCA